GUAGACGCCAUGAUUGGAAGAGGAGCUUUUGGCAAGGUCUAUGUGGCAUCUCACAAACUUAAUAAAAGUGAAAAGAUUGCCCUGAAGUAUAUCGUCAAGCGUAAACACGACCGCUAUCUCAACAUUGAUGGUCAUUCCCCACCUCUGCUUGCGGAAGUGGUAAUGAUGCUUAGGUUGAUGAAAGCUCCGUCAUGUCCCAACAUCGUCAGAUUUCACGACUGGGUUGAGAACAAGACCAGCUUCCUUCUCAUUAUGGAGUACGCAGAGUCAUGCCAGACCUUGGAUAGUUACAUCAGACAUAGUUUGCGUAUUAAUGAAAACCAAGCACGCCUGUUAAUAAGUCAGUUGAUCCGAGCUGUAAAGUUCUGCGCCGAGCGUAGAGUUUUCCAUGGUGAUAUCCACACAGCAAACAUCCUGGUGACUACACCCCGAUUAGAGCUCAAAUUGAUCGACUUUGGUUGUGCUUGGCCAGUUACCCGCAAGCUCUUCCACAGCUACGAUUAUCGAGGAGCCUUUUUAUACACGCCACCUGAGAUUUUAAGGCAUCACAAAUUCCAUGCUAACCCGGCAUAUGUCUGGGCAAUAGGCAUCGUGCUGUAUGAAAUUUUGCAUGGAGAUUUGCCCUUUCAUGACAGACAAUCAGUAAUGUUUGGACCAAUUCGGAAAAACCCCAAGUUAUCUGCAGCAUGCCAGGACCUGAUUUCCAAGUGUAUGAAUCGCAGUCCAGUUAAGCGACUGAAGUUACAGCAAAUAGAAGAGCACUGGUGGUUCAAUCCAACGAACCCAAAUCCUGUGCAGCAGAUAAAAAAGAGGAGGUAG